AUGAAUUGGGAGCAGGCAAUCCUGAUCGAGCUAAGCACGCUAUGGCUUGAUAGUCAAGUAAUAAUACAUAAAUUUGCUUCAAUGACACUCCUGCUCCUAGUCUCGAUUAUGUUUGAUUCUGUCCAAGGAGUCUUAUCAGGGGUGGCCAGGGGAUGUGGUUGGCAGCAUCUUGCUGUUUGCAUUAAUUUGGCAACAUUCUAUUUCAUUGGCUUGCCAAUUGCUUGCAUCCUCGGAUUCAAGGUCAAACUACAUGCUACGGGAUUGUGGAUGGACUUAAUAUGUGGACUCUCCUGCCAAGCUGGUGGUCUGUUGCUUACACAGUGCACCAAAUGGAGUAGAGUGGAGUUCUCUAAAAACAGCAAGAGAGAUAAUCCAGUUCUAGUUUAA